AUGCAACGUGUUUCCGUUAACAACUCGAAUACAAAAGACUACGAAAUAUGUCGAUUAAAAACAAACGAUCUCAAAAGUGAUUCUAAUUUGGAAACAAACAAACGCAACUCGACUUUAUUAAAUCAAGACUCGUAUUCAACAAAAGACGAACGUUCUUUCAGCAGUCGUAAACAACACGACAAUGGACGAACCUCGGUUUGGGAAUCCUAUCUGUUGCCGGGUUACUGCCUGAUUUGCAAUGACGUAAAGCCACCGAGGUGUCACUACUGCCCGGUCUGUGACGUAUGCGUCUUGAAACGAGACCACCACUGUUACUUCGCAGGCUCGUGUGUCGGGUGGAGAAACCACAGGUACUUCAUAGUGUUUUGCUUCUGGGCGUCACUUGGCAGCAGUCACGUGUCCGUCCAUCUUCAUUCACAAGACACUCUGGUCGUCCAUCACCUACGUCGACCUCUUCGCGCCGUGUGCAGUAUUGUGAUGCAUUAUCGGAAGAACGUCACUUCCUGUGGUAAUUUAUAUUUGCUUGGCGUCAUCUCAUCUGUACUGCAUUCUGCUUGGUACGAAAUUUGUCGUAGAACACAUAUACUUGGUGACAAAGGGGUUAGCGACGUUUGA